AUGGCAGAUACAAAAGACUAUCCCAACCUCGAGGCUGUCAUUUCAACAGACCAUAUUGAAAAGCCCCAAGCAGACCAUCACGAUGGACACGGCCAUAUCGAGGGAAACGCGCUGAUUGUCGACACAAAGGGCGAGAUUCGAAAGAUCCCCGUUCCAUCCUCUGAUCCCAAUGACCCCCUCAACUUUCGACCAUGGGAAAAGUAUGGCAUUGUCUUUUGCUGCUGUUGGUUUUCCAUCAUGGGUCUUUCUGUUGCUAGUGGACUGGGUGCUAUUCUAAACGUCUUCUUCGAGGCGUAUAUCCCACAAGGCUACAACUCGGAUCAAGUUGUUCUUCUUAUUACCUUGCCGACACUGUUCAUUGGUCUUGGAAACUACAUCAUCCUCCCUCUAUCUUUAGCCUUUGGUCGUCGUCCCGUCUUUCUCAUCUCCACAGUUGUUCUCUUCGCGUCCAGCAUUGCAGCAGCUAUACAGAACAGUUACAACGGCCAUCUCGCCUCUCGUAUCAUCCAGGGUAUCGCAACAGGCGCAUCCGAGUCUCUUCUACCCCUCAUGCUCACCGAAGUUACCUUCCUCCACGAGCGAGCCUUCAUCUUUGGCCUGUACUGGAUGCUUCAGAACGCCUUCUCUUCGUCUCUCAACUUGGCGUCUUCAUACAUCAACGCCGACCUUGGAUGGCGGUGGUACUACUGGGUCUUCACCAUCACCGUGGGCGUUGGAUUUAUCAUCGCCAUCUUCCUUGGUUUUGAGACUCAGUUCACUCGUCCGGCUGCUUCACUCGAUGGCCAGCUUGUCGUCACGGAUGAGUUUGGUGUCACAAGGGUCAUUCCUGAUUCAGAAGCCCAAGCGUAUCUGGAGGACAUGGCAAGAUCCGGAUUGACGCCUCCUGGUGCCGGGGUCAUUGAGGAAGCUGAUCGCAAGACAUACGCGCAGCGCCUUCGACCGUGGUCCAAGCCAUCUUCGCAGCCAAUACGAGUCAUUCUUCUAAGCUGGAAGUACAUGGCUGCUUCGUUCUCGUCACCUGGUAUUUUAUACGCUGUUCUUACUUCAUCUAUCGCGCUUGGAUGUGGUGUUGGUAUGUCUUUGACUUAUAACCAAGUCUUGAUGCAGAACUACCACUGGCAAGCCAAGGAUAUCGGUCUGAUCAACGUCGGCGGAGCCAUUGGAGCGGUCAUUGCCAUGUUGUACUGCACAUUCCUCGCCAACCCAUUCGUCAUGUGGAUGGCCCGUCGAAACCGCGGUAUUCACCAGCCCGAGCACCACCUCAUCACCAUGGCCCCUCCUGCAGUCGUCGGUGUAGCUAUGCUUCUUCUCUACGGCUUCACUGCUAGUGGCGGAUCGACUUGGUGGGGGCCGUACCUCGGCUGGACCAUUUUCCAGUAUUCCUUCACGGCUGUCAUUAUUAUUUCUACCACGUUCGCCUCUGAAGCGGCACCCAAGCAUCCUGGCCCGGCCAUUGUCACUGUGGUUGGUACAAAGAAUAUCGUCUCCUUUGGAGUCACGUAUGGGUUGACCCCGAUGAUCGAACAACAUGGCUACAAGUGGGCUUUCGGUGUCUUGGCUGGUAUCUUUGGUGCCAUCUUUUUGUUGGGUAUCCCCGUUUGUAUUUGGAACCCCAAGUGGCGAGCCUAUGUUGCUGAGAGGGAGGCACGAAAGGGUACUACUACUACUGACUAG